GUCGUCACUGAUGCAACCUAGGAAUUAGACCGUGUCUUCUAACACCAUGAUACCCAAUAUUUCAGCGCCAGGUAUUCAGGGAGGCGGGCAGAUGGAUGUAAUAUGUUUGAUUCCUAUCUGAAGGCCUUGUCGAUCCUCGUCUCUGGGUAAAUGCCGACAUGCUUGUAAGGCUUUUCGUAUGAUACGUGACCAAUAGGCGCGCCGGCUUGUGAUUUCGAACCUAUGAUGGUGGGCAUAAUGGGCAUAAUGUACUAGUCGUCUUAUGGUAUAUAUCAUCGCUGCCCCCUCCCGACUAGGGAUUCUCUAGGGACUUGGGUAAUCAGUAUGAACUAGUUGAUUCGUCAUCGGAAUUAGAUCGCCCAGCAUGAUCCCAGAAGCAGAUCUCUGGGGAAGGCUCCCCCUAGAGUUGAUCGAGCGGAUCUUAGACCUUUUGGUAGACGACUAUGACCAGGACCCUGCAUAUCAAUGGACGACCUUACGGCAUACAGCAAGAAGACAGAUGCGCCGCAUCGAACGCUAUUUCUUGUGGUAUUGGGUCCCGAAGCUAACUAUUACGCUGUACUCGGGGCCACGAUGUCAGAUUGAUUAUAAGCUUUCUAAUCAUACUAGUGAGGGCGGCUUUGAAACUAGUCGCGUUCGAUUUCAGACCUCGGGAGCUGGCCUUUCGAAUUCACUGAACAAAAGGGAAAUCCAUACCUUGUGGAGUCAAUAUAGCUUCGAGAAUCGAGUCGCACAUAUCAGAUUAGGUGAAGGCAUCUUAAAGAAGGGCAUGACAGGGGGCUAUAUUGUCAACGAUACCGACAUCGUCGAUCUGAAAGUGGAAAAUGAUGGCCUCGAUAUCAUGUUUAACUGGCGGAAGACCUUUGACGCACUGCUUCGGGAAGAGGUAAUGAUGCGUAGGGUACAAGCAGAGAUGGCUUUGGAUAAGAAGAUGAAGUUAGCAGCUGAGAAUCGGUGGCCACCGUUCCCCAGGAUUCAGCGGCUGGCUCUCGUCAAGCACUUCGUGCUGGACAUACAAAUGGCUAAACGAGUUGCCGUCCAACAACACCGUCUGAAGCAUUACGAUGCAUCCAACGAGAUUAAGCUAGGAAGCCUAACGCACGAGUCCCAACACCUGCAUAAGCAAUACCUGCCCCCGUUGCCUCCAGUGACAAAGCCGAGAAGAGCGUGUUGCGUAAUCUGCUCUCGCCAAACGGGCCCAUCCAUAUUCGAGGUUGUCUCCUGUGAGGAGAGCGUGGUGCUCAGCCUAGACGGAUGGGAGAAUCUCGGCAAAGAGGAAUUACUCGACUUGUAUGCUGAGGCGUACGGUUGGAACUGUUACCGAUGUCUGGGACAGGAGAACAAUAUCGAGUGGCAGCAGAUAAGUAAGAACGACUGGCUCACCGUAUGCGCCAGCGGCGCUGAGAAACUGCAUGGUGUACAAAGGUGGAACCCUUGGUUCUAGACGUGAUUAUGGAAGUUUGGAACGGUAGGGUUGGUUUCUCUUCUUGAAUCGAUGGCAUAAGCUCUAAGUUGGACCGUCUUAAGACAAUGUAUAACCAGGAAGAACAGGUGUGUCUCAAUCAUGUUUUAUAGCUGUAAGUCGGGGGGUGCUUUUCGUUAGGGAGUAACGAGAAGUUAGAGUGCAAGUUUGCUACCUUAGGCUAUCAGUGCCUAUGUAUCCACGAGUUUACGUAGCUUAGUUAGUGAGGAUAUAUAAAAGUGUGACCACUUUCAACUAUGCCGGAGUUCCAAGAGGUUCGGACCUCGUGUAUCCUAAACUGCAUUCAAACAAAAGCUCCAAG